UAUUUAUAUUCUUCAUCACUUCUGAUUUUGAGGGAAUGGUGGAGUCAAUUCCAUGUUCCAUCUUUCUCUGUUCAAACGGAUUACGAUUUUGUUUAACCUGCAACUCUUUGGAGGAGAAUGAAGUUUCUUCUUCUUCUUCUUCUUCUUCUUCUUCUUCAUCUUCCUCAAUUUCUGCUUUCUUUUUCGUCUUAGCUUUUCGCUUCCUUUUGCAGUAUUCUCAAAAAUGGCAAAUACAUGCAAACUCUGCAAUUCCAUCUGUUGAUCGGUAGUCCUUACGAUAACGCAUUGUUUCAGGUAAAAAAGUAAAGGGAGCUGAAAUCCCAAUGGAAAAGCUGCCUAAGGCUUAUGAAAAGGAGUACAUGAGGAUGGCCAUGUUAAAGCAUGAAGAAACAUUCAAACAACAGGUACAUGAACUUCAUCGACUUUAUCGAACCCAAAAGACAUUAAUGAAAAACGUAGAGAAAAGCAGGGAAAGUGGAUGGAAUCCAGAAAGUUGGGACAAAAGGAAUGAGAUAUGUUUCAGACAAAUCUAUGAACAGGAUGCAAAAAAUUAUUACAGAUCUACUCAUAUGACCAAACUAGACAUGGAACAGCCCGCUGAAGGUGAACCAGAAGCCAUUAAUGGAGCUCUGCAGAUCAUAAACGAGAACGAACUCGAACUAACUCUAGGGCCUUCAAGUUACAAUACUUCAGACUCAGGAAUGACUACCCACUCUUCUUCUUCAACAGGGUCCAGCCAUGAGGGAAGAAGAUGUACGGAUUCAAGGCAAGUGAAAGGUCAAGAAAUGGUGGUUUUGGGGGUAACUGAAAAUUCCUCUGGCUACAAAAAUGGAAGUAAUAGGGGAGAGAAGAAGAUGCUAGAUUAUCCUCCUUGGCUUUUUCAAGUUGUGAGCCUUAACAUGACUUAAUUUUCAAGGUAUAAAGAAAACCAAUUCAUUUCAAUCAAAUUAUAUGAGAACAUGUUUGGUUGUUUCUCAUUCACUAAUCAACAGAGUGAUUGAUGCUUUAGUUGUAUUGAGCUUCCUUCUACAUCUUGGCUUGUAUAUUGAGAUGUUGAUGUGUAUUACUUUGUAAAUUUUAACUUUGUGAACAGAAUUACUCUUGAAUUUCAAGUUAUGAUUAAUGUUGAUUGAGAGAGA